GCGGGGCAGCCCCCCUGCCAUGGGAGCGACUCAUGGAAAAAAGAAAGAAUAUUCUCCUCAGUCCAGGUUUCACAAUGAAAAUGGGAAACAUAGUAUGAAUGGCUCAGCUUCCUUGUACUCUGAGAUGCACAGGGACAGAGUUGAGAGAGUUGGGGCCGUCAUGACCCAUCCUGACUACAAAGAUUGGAACCCAGAACUUAUUAAACCCAAGAAGCUCAUGAAUCCUGUAAAAGCCUCCAGAAGCCACCAGGAGCUACACAGGGAGCUCCUCAUGAAUCACAGAAGAGGCCUGGGAGUGGACAGCAAGCCCGAGCUGCAGCGGGUCCUGGAACACCGACGGCGGAAUCAGCUGUUGAAGCUCAAGAAGGAGGAAGAAGAGGCCAAGAAACUCAAGUCUCCCUUUGAGCAAGAGCUAAUGAAGAGACAGCAACGACUGGACGAGAUGGAAAAAGAAACCAAAAAGGAAGAUGAUCAGGCACCCGAGUUCAUAAAAGUUAAAGAAAAUCUGCGGCGUAUUGCCACGAUAGCGGGAGAGGAGCAAAUCUAGCAGGUGAAGACAGAGCUCCAUGGCAUCCACCAGGACUCCCGGAGCCUCCGACCCCAACAGAAUCCACACCCACCUCUACCCCGGCAUAUCCGUGUACCAGAUGGACAGCGGC